AUGUGGGACUUCGAGAAGAUGACCCUCCUUCUGCUUGUCAUGAUAACUCUGGUCACGGCCCAAGGUUUCCAGCACUUUUCUUUUUCUUUCGGCGGUGACUCCUGCGAGAUUUCCGCCCUCGAUGAUCAAUCUAAGCAAGUCAAGCCGGCCGGUUUCCCUAACCUCAAACCCUCUGCAGGAGUGACCGAAUGGACGUCCUGGUUCAACAUCGACCACCCAGGGGGCACCGGGGACUACGAGCGCCUGGAGGCCAUCCGCUUCUACUACCGCGAGCGAAUGUGCGCCCGGCCCGUGGCCCUGGAGGCGCGUACCACCGACUGGGUGCCAGCGGGGGACACCGGUGAAGUGGUACAUUCCAGUCUGGAGAAGGGGUUCUGGUGUGUCAACAAAGAGCAGCGGCUCGGCAGGGUCUGCUCCAACUACCACGUGCGCUUCCAGUGCCCUCAAGGGCAGACCUACUGGGCGGAGUGGUCGGCGUGGGGCUCCUGCUCGGCCCAGGCCUGUGACGACGUGGGGAUCCAGGUGCGCCGGCGGAGCUGCCAGAGCGCCCAGCCGCUGCCCCCGCUGCAGGUGCCCGUCUGCCAGGGCAAGGCCACCGAGAGGAAGGAGUGCGCCACGCCCCCCUGCCCAGCGUGCCAGCGCUCGUGCCCCGAGGGGGGUCCCAGCGAGGACUGCGCCCGCUGCGUCUGCGAGGACCACCUGCUGCGGGGGCGGGUGCACACGCUCACGGGGGUCCCGGUCGCGGGGGCGCGGGUCUUCCUGGCCAACCGGACCAGAGCGGUCAGGGCCAGAACGGACGCCAGGGGGGCCUUCAAGAUCUCGGGGGUCUGCUCCACCGCCCAGACCACCGUCACCAUCAGGAGGGAGGGGUUUGCCCCUGUGACCCUCCCGGCACUCAGCAACGGCACCGGAGCGUCCUGGGUGGACGCCGUCCUGCAGAUGGCUGAGAAGCCGUACGUUGUCAAGCACCCAGAGGACAAGGUGCGAUACGAGGGGCAGCGAGUGACCUUCUGCUGCAAAGCCGCGGGCACACCCACGCCGGAAAAAUACCACUGGUACCACAAUGGGACCCUCCUGGACCGCCGGGUGUACAAGUAUGAAGAAGAUCUGAUCCUCAGGGACCUGAAACCCUGGCAGGCAGGACGAUAUCAGUGCAAAGCCAGCAAUCAGAUGGGUGCAAUUAAGUCCUCCCCAGCCCACCUCACCGUCCUGGGAAAAGGAAAGCCCUCCUGUGUGUCCAAACCCGAGCACCACCUGAUCAAGCUGCCAGUGGACUGCGUGCAAGCGGGCGCCGACUCGCAGUUCUACAACGCCGGGCGCUGCCCCCACAGCAAGUGCGCGGGCUCUCUCGACUUCGACCUCCGCUGCACAGACGCCUCGGACUACUGCUGCGGGGUGAAGCGCAUGGAGACGCGGGAGAUCGACUGCGGGGGGUACACCCUCCCCAUCUGGGCCGUGGUCGAGUGCGGCUGCCGGAAGUGCGUCAAGCCCAGGGUGCUGAUCCGCGGCCGCGUGGUGGCGGCCGACACCGGGGAGCCCCUCCGGUUCGGGCACAUCUACAUCGGGAAGGACAAAGUGGGCGUCACGGGGUACCAGGGCAGCUUCACCAUUCAAGUCCCGCCAGACACGGAGAGGUUGGUGGUGAGCUUUGUGGACAGGCUGCAGAGGUUCGUAGACACCGUCAAGGUGUUAGUCUUUGACAAGAAGGGAGGGGCGGUCUACCACGAUGUGAAAGUGAUGCUGAAGCAGAAACCGAUAGACAUCAGCUCGGCAGAAACCAACACCAUUUAUCUUGGGGAGAUGGAAGGGGAGGACCCCAUUGGGCAGAUCGUGAUACCACCAAACUCCUUCCACAAAAGCAACGGGGAGCUCUACGAAGGGACUGUCAAGGCGUCUGUGACCUUCCUUGAUCCUAGGAACAUCACCACAGCUUCUGCGGCACCUGGGGACCUCAACUUUGUCAACGAGGAAGGAGAUUUGUUCCCUCUGAGGACCUACGGGAUGUUUUCGGUGGAUUUCCGAGACCAAACCAACCAGGAGGCCCUCGGGGCCGGGAAAGUGCAGGUGUACCUGGACACGGAGCACGUGAAAAUGCCGGAGCACAUCCCCAAGAUGAAGCUGUGGUCCCUCAACCCCGACACCGGAAUCUGGGAGGAAGAGAGCGACUUCCACGUGUCCCGGGCUGCCAGCCAGGGCAACGGCCGGACCAAGCGGGAGGAACGCACGUUCCUGAUCGGAAAUAUGGAGAUCCGGGAGCGUCGGCUUUUCAACUUGGAUGUGCCAGAGAGCCGGCGUUGCUACGUCAAGGUGCGGGCCUACAUGAGUGACAAGUUCCUGCACAAUGAGCAGCUGGAAGGAGUGGUCAUCAGUCUGAUCAAUCUGGAGCCUCGGCCAGGGUACUCCUCCAACCCUCGAGCGUGGGGCCGCUUUGACAGCGUGAUAACUGGCUCCAAUGGCGCCUGUUUGCCAGCCUUCUGCGAUGCCCUGAGGCCAGAUGCUUACACAGCUUACGUCACCGCCACUAUGGGCGGGGAAGAGCUGGAAGCAGCUGCCUCCAGUCCCAAAAUGAACCCAAAUAUUAUCGGAGUGUCUCAGCCCUACCUGGACAAACUGGGCUAUCGCAGAACCGAUCAUGAGGACCAUGCACUGAAGAAAACGGCUUUCAAAAUCAACCUGGCCAAGCCCAAUCCCAAUAACCUAGAGGAGACCAAUGGGCCCAUAUAUCCCUACCAGGGCCGCAUAGACUGCGAAAACGCCCCCUUUGACGCCAAUCAUUUCCGCUUCUUCCGCGUGGAAAAGGACAUGUACGAGUACGACGUCAUCCCUUUCCAGGAGGGCGACCUGACGUCCUGGACUGGCGACUACCUCUCCUGGUGGCCCAACCCGCAGGAGUUCCGAGCCUGUUACAUCAAGGUCAAGAUCAACGGGCCCGUCGAGGUCAUGGUGAGGUCAAGGAACCUGGGGGGGACUCACCCCCGGACGAAGGGGAAGCUCUACGGCAUCAGGGACAUCCGCAGCGCGCGGGACAUGCGCGUGGCCAACAGCUCCGCUGCCUGCCUGGAGUUCAAGUGCAGCGGCAUGCUCUUCGACCAAGACAGGGUAGACCGCUCCCUCAUCGCGGUCAUCCCCCAGGGCAACUGCAGGCGGACGGGCAUCAACAGCCUCCUGCAGGAGUACCUCGUCAAGCACCCGCCCCUACCACAGAACAACGAGUCCCACGUUUUCAACAUGCUGGCGCCCGUCGACCCCCUAGGGCACAACUACGGCAUCUACACGGUCACGGACCAGAACCCCCGAGUGGCCAAGGAAAUCGCCAUCGGACGCUGUUUCGACGGCACCUCGGACGGAUUCUCCAGGGAAAUGAAGUCGAACUCCGGGGUGGCCCUGACGUUCAGUUGCCCGGAGAGACCCGUUAGCCGGGAGAGCCUUUUCCAGAGGCUUCAGACCAAUCCGGCCCAAACUCUAGCCCAGAUGGCCCAAGACAUGAGGGAAUCGAGAAGACAGCAGGCCGGCCAGGACUCCCCCCAGGUGGUGGCGUACCCCUCGGCUCAGAGGAGGGGAGACACGGGCAGCCAGAGUCGCACGUCUGUGAGGGUGGCAGGCCCAAGAAGGACCCCAACUCGAGCGAAUCCCAGGAAGUAGGAAAAGGUCUAGGGGUCCCUCCGUUGACGUCAUUGCAGCACACAAGCAGAAGUGAAGACUUUAGGGCUGAGUAAAGUUGGCAAUGAGAGAAUAUGUAGCCAGUGGGGAAACAAAACCAUAGGGCUGUCUCUCAGUUGGAACAUAACUCCUCUUUCCUGGCUUCUACCACGUGUGCAUCUCCCAGAAUUUUUUUUUUUUAAAUGCAACCCCUUUAAUGACA